ACUCGGAAACGUCGCUCGGCUCCCCCUCUUCUUCUUCUCCGAACCCCAAUCCUAGAGUUUGUCCGGCGACAAAGGAGAGAAUUUUUGGUAUAAAGAUCAGCUUUUCUCUGUGACACGAUGCGGGCCGCUUGCUCUCGGACUAUUGAUAUGGCGAUCCCCUUUCCACAUCUCCUCCACCACGACCGGUCCCAACCAGCGGCGUCCCCGCCUAGCUGCGCCGCCCGGUCCCAGGACGAGUUGAAGCGCGUCGCCGCCCACCGGGCCGUGGAGUUCGUGCAGUCAGGCAUGGUCCUCGGCCUUGGCACGGGCUCCACUGCCGCCCACGCCCUCGACCGCAUCGGCGACCUUCUACGCUGCGGUGCCCUCCGGGACAUCGUUGGCAUCCCGACCUCCGAGUGGGCAGCCGCCCGCGCCGCGGCCGCCGGCAUCCCCCUCUCCGACCUCAACGCCCACCCCGUGGUGGACCUCUCCAUCGACGGGGCCGACGAGGUAGACCCGGCCCUCAACCUCGUGAAGGGCCGCGGCGGGUCCCUGCUCCGUGAGAAGAUGGUGGAAGGCGCCAGCCGCCGCUUUGUCGUCAUCGUCGAUGAGUCCAAGCUGGUGCCCCGCCUGGGGGCGAGCGGCCUCGCCGUCCCUGUGGAGGUUAUUCCUUUUGGCUGGACCCUCACCCUCCGUCGUCUCCGGAGCCUCUUCGAGGGCAUGCCCGGCUUCAAUCUCAAGCUCAGAACCGCCGCCACCGACGCCAAAGCCAACAGCUUCGAUGAGAACGUGUUCGAACCGGAGCCAUUUGUGACGGACAACAAGAAUUACAUUGUGGAUUUGUUCUUCGAGGAUGGGAUCCAUGGUGAUCUCAAUCUGAUCAGUGACGAGAUUCUAAGGAUCACCGGGGUGGUGGAGCACGGGAUGUUCCUCGGAUUGGCAUCAUCAGUGAUCGUGGCGAGGAAGGAUGGUGGGGUGGCGAUGAUGGAGAAGAAAUUAAAUGGUAUAUAAGUGCAAUAUCUUACUUCUAGUUAGGCUAAUUAAAUUAUGUUGUUCCCUUUGGUAUCAAGGGAAGAAAUCAAGAUUACUUUGUGGCAAUUAAAUUGUUGUAGGCUGAAGAGUCAUCAAACAAGUGGAGAAUGUCUCCAUGAAACAUUGGCUGUUAAGAGCCAAAAUUGAUAAGAUUUUAGUGUGACCCAAAUGUCCCAUGAAUUAAUUAAUUGUUCGGUUCCAUUUAUACAUUUGGGGACUAACUAUUAAGUUCGCUCAUGUGAAAGAUUUCUAGCUGAAAUCAAGCCUUACUUAAUUUCC